AUGGAUAGUGAUGAUGAUAAUGAAGAUAUACAUGUAAUUGAUGAAUUUUUUUCACAUUCAAUAGGACGUGAUAUUGAAAAUGAACCUAAAACAUAUUUUAAACAUUUUCAACGUUUUAUAUCUCGACAAACAUUUAUAUAUAUUCAAUAUUAUUUAUUACGUAUACCAUUUUUACUUGUUUAUGAUUAUUUAUUUACGGAACAAUUUUCAUUGUUAAUUCAAUAUUUUUUACAACAUUCAAUGAAAAUUAUUGAUCAAAAGAAUCAAUUAUUCUUUAAACCAAUUAGUUAUGUAUUACAUAGUUAUUUCUUUCAAAUAUUAAUAUAUCUUAAUUUAAUUUUUUCAAUACCAAUUUUAGGUUUUAUAUUAUUAAUUGUUUUAUUAUUAUGUUCAAAUCAACGUCUUGUCAUUUUUUAUAGUUAUAUUGCGACAUUACUUGUUAUUUAUUUUUAUUAUCAAAUAAAUCGUUUAACGAAUUUUCAAAUAAAUAUGUUUAUACUUCAAUGUUUGCUUUCAUUUAUUUAUAUUCAAAUGAUAAAUAUACGUACUCAUGUUUAUACAUAUAAAAUUCAAAAAAAAUUAUGUCAAUUUGCACCAUGGUUAUUUAUCAUAACACAUUAUUUAUUUUCAUUAAAAUAUAGUAUAUAUAUAAUAAAUAUAUAUUAUAUUCUAUGGACAUUAAUAUAUUUAUUUGAAUUAUAUUUAUCUCAACAAGACAUAAUAACUCAUUUAACAAGAAUUAGUUUUUUAAAUGAAUUAAUGAAUUUUUAUGAAAAUUUUGGUAUACAAACAUUAAUUAAUUAUAUACAACAACAAAUAGAUAUUAUUACAUUGUUAAAAAUUUUUUGGUUAACUAAAAUUAUUAUUCUACCAUUAGGUAUAAGAACAACGCAUACAAAUCCAUUUUUAACAGAUACAAUAAUAAAAAAUACUACAAUAGAUGAUAAUAUAACAACAAAUUAUAAUGAAACAUUAACAAAAACAAUUUAUUUUACAAUUUUAUUUUAUGGAACUGAAACUACAUUUACUUUAAUUAGUUUUGCUUGUCUUGUUUCAUAUGCAAUGAAAGCAAUUUCACAUCGUUUAUUUCGUCGUUUAUCUUUAUGGAGUGAAGAUGUUGAACAAAUUGGUACUAUUAUUGGUAUAAUGUUUUUUCUUUUAUUAUUUCAAUCGAAUUUAACACGACUCGAUCUUGAUCGACGACAUAUUCCUUUAUUAAAAGCAUUCAGUAUAAUUAUUAUUGCAUUAUUUCAUUUUCUUCAUACAAUUCUUGAACCUGAAUUACUUAAAGUAGCUAUGCAAACUAUGACAAUAAAAAUGGCAUUUGAUCAAACAGAUGAUUAUAUAGAAGAUGAUGAUGAAAAUAAUAAAAUAAAAUCAAAAUUAACAUUAGAUUUUUCUCGAAAAAUUCUUCGUUCAUUUCAUCAUCAACAUGUUUAUACAUGUUUAUCAAUAUUAUUUUUUCUUAUACUUUAUAUAAUUUUCUUAUGGAAAAUAACAACAUUUUCAACAUGGCUUUUAGCUGUAACAGCAUUUUCAUUAGAAUUAAUUGUACGUCUUUUUGCAUCAUUAGCUCAAUAUACACUUUAUGUUAUUGAUGCACAUAAUUGUAUAUCAAAUGUUGAUUUAUUUGAUGAAUAUAUAUUUCGUAUAAAAGCAAUAACAUCAUGUUGUGAAUUUAUUCUUAGUAUAUUUUUACUUUGUAAUGGUUUUUAUAUAUUAUGUUUUGAAGCUCGUGGUGCAUUACGUGCAUUUAUGCUUGCUAUACAUGCACAUUUAAAUAUAAUAAAAAAUUUUCGUCGUGGUUGGCAAAUACUUCAUAAUCGUAAAACAGCAUGGAAUAAUGUUAAACAAUUACCAUUAGCUACAGAUGAACAAAUAAGAAAUUAUAAUGAUAUAUGUGCAAUAUGUCAUAAUAUAUUAACAAUGGGUACUACAUGUAUAACACCAUGUUUACAUUUAUUUCAUCAAAAAUGUUUACAAAAAGCAUUUUAUGCAACACAAAAUUGUGCAUUAUGUUUACGUCCGAUUAUUAUUGAAGAAAAAAAUUGA